AUGUGGCGGUAUUUUGUACUAAUAUUAUCCCUAAUCGUGAGCGCAUCAAGCAUCAGCAUAAGACCGAUUCACGAACCGUUCUCCGCUGCGUCUGAAGCUCAAAUAAGGUUUGCCAUCGAGAACAAAUAUGAUGAUACAGGACCAGGAGCAAACCAACCAGAAUACGCUUACCGAACCUACAAAAACGUGGAUGAUGCUAUAAUUAGUUACUUAGAUGACCCAAACACUAAGCUUCCAGAGUAUGAAAGGGAGAAGGCAAUAUCUGUUUUGCAAGGAAAUAAUUAUAGUCCCCCACCUCGGCAGCUUCCCAAAACUGUGGAAGAAUACACUGGUUACAUUGAAAGGCCGAAGCAAACUUUCAAUCAGAUUGGUUUUGGGCAACAGGUUUCAUACGAUCCUGCCACCAAUUAUAAAUAUAUCGACCUAAGGGGCUACCAACAAAACAGUCUGCCGCCGAAAAAGUUUUUGGGUCUAAACAUAAAUGACAAUUUCUACAAUGUACAAUCACUACAAACCCCAACCUUGGCUUCCUAUGUGGAUGAUUUAGACUUAAAAGAAGCGCACGACCAGUUUAACCCGCAUCCCAAAUACAGCUUUUCAUAUGGAGUACACGACAAACAGACAGGCGAUUCAAAAUCAGCGCAAGAGAUCCGCGAAGGAGACACAGUGAGAGGCUACUACAGCUUUAUGGACCCGGAUGGGAAAAGACGCACAGUACACUACACGGCUGAUGAUAAGCAAGGGUUCCGAGCUACAGUUCAACGAUCACAU